ACCAAGAUGUGUGUCUAAAGUGGAUGAAAUACAUAAACCGAGAUGGCUUCACAGCAAACAAGAAUACUGUGGUGUGUGGGAUACAUUUUCCUGACGGACAACCCACAAGAGAAAAUCCAUAUCCUGUGUUGUUCAUGGGCUAUGAUUGUCGUGUAACUCCAGCUAGACCUCCACCCAAAAAAAGAUGUCUUCAGCCACUACACCUGAACUCAGCUAUUGAACCAAUGGAAACAGAUGUGGAUGUUGGAAAUUUGGAAAAUUUGCCUCUGCAAACACGUGAUGUUGGAAUCCAGUGGCCAGAUCACAUGGACCACAACUACAGUUUCAGCUGCGGUAACAAGCCGAUGAAGGACUGUGGCACUCAGACUGAUCCAACGUCAUUAGUGUCAGCGAAAAAUUUAAAUAACAAAGACUUAAUAUUUUAUACAGGUUUAUGUGCUUACAGUUUCUGGCUACUUUUGCGAGUCGUUUUGACUUUUUGCUCACAACCACUUAAUACCAAAUUGGCUGUCCAUGAACAAUUUUUGCUAGUUUUAAUGAGACUCCGUUUGAGUUUAUUGUUCACUGACUUGGGUAAACGAUUUGGAGUGAGUAGAACCACUGCAUCUGAAAUAUUUACAUUUUGGAGACCAUUCCUUGCAAGGUUUAUGAGGGAAAAGGUGAUUGUUUGGUUGCCCAGGGAUACGCUGAACAGAAUUAGGCCCAAGACAUUUAACAAAAAUUAUCCUAAAGCCACAUGCAUCAUUGACUGCACUGAGGUCUUUGUACAAAGGCCAAAGAACUUAAGAAAAAGAUCACUAACUUACAGCAAUUACAAACAUCAUAACACAUACAAACUCCUAUACUGUAUAGCCCCCAAUGGAUAUGUUAUGUUUGUAUCAAAACUUUUUGGUGGAAGGGCCAGUGAUAAUUUUAUCACAUUGUUGCUAGCCUUCCUUUGAGCCACUGCAUAGCUG